AUGUGCAACGCAGAGACGGCCUCGUCUGUGCAAAACCCAACACAAGCACCCCCCGGGGGUGGGAGGGCACGGACAACUCAAAACCGAGACCAAAAACAAGCCAGAGAUAACCACAGGGGUCCCCACAGGACACUAAGAAAGCUUUCAAACCAGGAAGAUUUCCAGGGAUUUGGGGGACCCCCCCCACCGGGCUCCUUUUCCUGGGGAAAACGGGAGCCCAUACAGCAACCCCACGUGGGAAAUGGGGGAAAAACCGGGGUGGUGGCCACCCCUCUCUUUGGGCCUUUGGGGCCCCGGGAGCCAUUUUUUUUAUCCCCCACUGGGCCCCCUCCAGUUGGGACCCCUGUUGGCCCACCGAUCAUUGGGGGGCCUCAAGUCCCCCCACCGCAGCAAGGCGGCUUUUGUUCGGGCGCAUCGCGGGGGCCUUGGCUACCGACUGAAAAGUGCCGCUUAACCCACCAUAUUGACUAG